UAAAUUGACCAGGUUAUUUCGAGCAAUUGUUGUUAAAUUAAUAAUGUUCGUUUUUAGUUUAAUCUUGAAAGACAUGUAUAAUUUACCAUGGAAUCAGGAUUUAACAAAGUGAACUGCAGUAAUUUGCCCAAAGUUAUGUUUGAAAAAUUUUUUGCAAUGAACCACCUUUUUUUGUUCAUCGGAAGUCCGCAGUGUUAAUAUUUAUAUGCAACAUUAUCAGUUUUUCCGCGGGAACGGCGAUAACAUGGGCGUCUCCGGAAAUCGAAAAAUUAAAAAACUCGACCAUGGCUGUAUCGGACGGGCAAGGAUCUUGGAUUAACUCGCUGUUUUUGCUAGGAGCUAGUUUCGGCCCUUUCCUUUUCGGUUAUCUAGCGGACAAAAUCGGUAGGAAGAAGACUCUGGUAUCGAUGGGAUGUCCCAUGGCGAUGGGAUUCGUCGUUAUGGCACUCGUUAAAGUUGUGCAAGUUUUUUACGCGGCUAGAUUCGUGAUCGGAUUAGCGGUCGGGGGACUUUUCACCGUAAUGCCGAUGUAUAUUGGAGAAAUAGCCGAUAGCUCCAAUAGGGGAACUCUAUCCGGAAUACUCAACAUUCUUUUAUGCAUGGGGAUGUUAUUUUCUUAUUGCGUCGGACCCUACGUCGAUAUAUUGAUUUUUAAUCUAAUUCUGGGCGUAAUUCCCGCGAUUUUCAUGCCUCUAUUUUCGUUGUUUUCCGUCGAAAGUCCGAGAUAUUUGAUUGGUAAAAACGAAAUCGACGAAGCUAAGAAAAACCUUCGAUGGUUGAAAGGUAAAGGUGACGAUGUCAAUACCGAAAUAGCCGCUAUCGAAACAGCGAUAUCCGAAGAAGGUAACGGAGGAAUUGGCGAUUUAUUUAAAUCGUCCGGUAACGUCAGGGCUUUGAUAAUAGCUAGCGGUUUGAUAUUCUUUCAACAGUUUUCCGGUAUCAACGCCGUUUUAUCGAACGCUCAAAAUAUAUUUAAACAAGCCAAAACUCCCCUGGACGCUUCCGUUUGCUCGAUGCUGGUAGGAGCGGUCCAAUUGAUAUCCAGCGGUUUGUCUAUGGUCUUAAUAGAUAGGUUAGGUCGCAAAUUGUUACUACUCGGUUCCGGUUUAGGCGUGGUACUAUCCGAAGUGCCUUUGGGAGUGUACAGCGUUCUGAGGGAUCGAGAUAUCGAUGUCGGUUCUAUAUCUUUCCUCCCGAUUAUUUCUCUCGUAAUUUUCAUUCUAACUUACAACGUCGGUUUGGGUUCUUUGCCGUGGACUGUUAUGGGGGAAUUGUACCCGUCGAAUAUCAAAUCUAUCGGUUCGUCGGUAACCGCUUCGUUUUGUUGGAUGUUGGGUUUUUUGAUCGUUUAUUUUUUUAAUAGUUUGAUCGAACGUUUCGGUUUGGGAACGUGUUUUUUCAUUUUUUCCGCGUGUUCGGCUUGUUCUGUUUUAUUCGUUCAGUUCUACUGCAUCGAGACUAAAGGGAAAACCUUGGAGGAGAUCCAGAAAGAACUCAACGCGUGAAAAAUUAUUUAAGUAACUGUUUCCGACGAUCGUACAGUCAAAUUUUGUUAAAUAUUCGGAAAUAAAUUGAUUUUUGUUCAACAAAAUGAAAUAAUCUGUUUGAUUUGACACGCGACGUAUGACAUUUAACGUGAUGUUCGAUUCGACGCAUGACGUAUGACGUUUAAAGUGAUUUUCGAUUUGACACAUGACGUAUGACAUUUUAAAUGACGUGGAAAAGGUACAGAAAGAACUUAACGCGUGAAAAAUUAUUUAAGUAACUGUUUACGACGAUCGUACAGUCAAAUUUUGUUAAAUAUUCGGAAAUAAAUUGAUUUUUGUUCAACAAA